GCUAUAUAAGUAGUCGCGCCAUAGCUGCAGCUACACAUCUCAGCGUUAACAGGCCAAGAUGAAGCUCGUCGUGCUCUCGGCCCUGCUCCUGCUUUCUCUCGUCGCCGUCUCCUCGGCGGAGGAAUUCGAUUUCUUCUACCUUGUGCAGCAAUGGCCAGGGUCCUUCUGUGACACGAAGAAGGGGUGCUGCUUCCCGGACACCGGCAAGCCGGCGACGGACUUCGGCAUCCACGGGCUCUGGCCCAACUACGCCGAGUGCAAGACCCGCGGCGAGCUCGACGGCGCCUUGGAGAUGGUGACCAGGCGGAGGAAGAAGUGCUGGCCGGAGUCCUGCAACAGCGAGCGCCUCAAGCUCUGGGAAAUCAGGGACCUGGUGACGGAGCUGGACGCCAACUGGCCGACGCUGGCGUGCAAGGGCGGGAAGAGCUUCGAGUUCUGGACCCACGAGUGGGAGAAGCACGGCACCUGCUCCAACCUGGACCAGCACGGCUACUUCGCGACGGCGCUCGGCUUCAAGGCCCGCCACAACCUCACCAGCAUCCUCGCCGACGCCGGGAUCGUGCCGUCCGACACCGAGACCUACUUCCUCAGCAGCAUCAGGGACGCCAUCAGGGAGGGGACCGGGUUCACGGCGAACCUGGAGUGCAACCGUGGCGUCGACGGCGAGACGCAGCUGUUCCAGGUGUACCAGUGCAUCGACCGCGACGGGGAGAACCUCAUCGACUGCCCGCUGCCGAUGCAGGGCAACUGCAAAGACAGGGUCCAGCUGCCGGCCUUCUGAUUAAAUUUGAGUUCUAAUUGAACAUCCAUUGCCGCCGCCCGUCGGGGUGUGGCGGCUGAUUGGCUCGACGCGGCCGGCCAUCUGCACGGCGCGCGGCUGGAUUACGUGAUGGAUGUACCUUUGUGUUGGUUAUCGGUUCAGUUAAAAUUCCGUCCAGUCCUGAGUUCUGGACAUCGACGUAACGUUUUCUAUCAAUUCCUGAUCUCAACAGGCGAAUAAAGACUUCUAAUCUUGUCUU